AUGCCCGCGACCUUCACCCGCACCAUCCUCGGCCAGCCCGAGAUCGCCUCGAUCGUCUUUGCGUUUCAGUUUGGCGUCUACGAGGACGUCCGCCCGGCCUUCCGCGCCUGCGAUGAGCUCGUUGAGUUUGUCGUCGAGCCGGACGACAAUGUCUACGCGUGCGACGCGUCGUUUCCCGAGGCGUUUGCGCCCACGCCAAGUGGCCGCACACGCGACGACCGCCUCCCACUGCACAUGGCCAUUGCCAGAGGCUGUGGGCAGCUGACGAAGCGCAUGCUUGGCUGCCGACCGGACCUCGCCUCGGAGGGCGCGAUUCGUUUGGCCAUCGGAGAAAGCCGUCUCGAGAUUGCCGACUUUUUGCUGACGCGGCGGGCGACAGUGCCACAGCUCUAUCGACGCGUCGACACGGGCGCCACCGACAUCUCUCAAUGCCCGAGUAUUUGGAUGUCCGGAAUCCUGGACCGAGACGACGCGAGAGGCGUCGAGCUGCUGCAGCGCUUUGACCUGCGUCGUGACGACGACUUUUUCCAUGACAUUGCGCACGCGGUCAACUAUGCGACAGUCGAGAACUUGACGCUCGUCCUCGACGCCUUUCCUUGGCUCACCUCUGCACCCCGCUUGGACAAUGUGGCGGCCCGAGGAUUUUUGCCUCUGGUCCGGUCGCUCCACGCACGUGGUGUCGCGUGCUCCACAAGUGCGAUGGACGCCGCAGCUAGCAACGGUCAUGUGGACGUUGUCGAGUUUCUCCAUGUCAACCGGACGGAAGGCUGCACGACCAAGGCACUCAACGGCGCCAUUUCCAACGGCCACCUGGACGUUGCCCGCUUCCUCAUUGAGAACCGCACCGAAGGCGCUUCCAUCAACAUUCUCAACACAGCUGCCGGCAACGGUCACCUUCACGUCGUGGAGUACCUCCAUUCUCUUGGCACGUUUGACUGCACCACUGACGCUGUCAACAAGGCGGCUGCCGGUGGUCACUUGGACGUCGUCCAGUUCCUUUUGACGCACCGAAGGGAAGGCUGCACUCGCGACAUGGUCGUUCGAAAUGCGCUCAAAAGCGGGCAUUUGCGCACCGCAAAGUACCUCCUCUCGCUCGACUACCCGUUUCCGACCGGGGAAAUUGAUUUCGACGCUGAUAUCUACGACAAGCCCGAGAUGCUGGAUGUGCUCCGGCUCGUCAUGGACCAUGGCCAGCCGUGGCACGAAGACUGGGUGGGAAAUGCGUGCGCCAUGAACAAUGUGCCUCUGGUGGCGUUUCUCCUCAAGCAGCAAGACGCUCGCUGUGGCCCCGGAGCACUCGAGACUGCGAUCGUGGCACAAGCGAUGGACGUCGUGCGCUAUCUCUUGGCCAACUGCACGACGCCCGUUUCGUUGGCUGCGCUGGAGUGGGCGUUAAGCCAUUGCAGCCGCGAUCUUUUGUCUCAAAUGCUGCUACGCCACCCCGAGCUCCGCGACGACGAGCUGCUUCGCGAGGCGUCGAGCGGCCACAACACAGAGGCAAUGCGCUACCUCCUCCCUGCCGGUAUUGGGAAGCCGCGCGAGUGCCUCGUCGAGAUUGCAGGUCGUCGAGAGCACGUGACGGCGAGCAAGCUCUUGCUGCCGUACUGCAUGGGCGUAGCCAACUAUCUCGACAACAUCAUCUUUCUGUUGGAUCUUUUGGCGCUGUCCGACCGCCGCCGUGCGACGAUGCUGCAGUUGAUCACGUCCGAGCUCACGUACCAAGGAAGAAAAGCCAGCCAAACGAUGCAGCUGGCACCGAGCGUGGCCACGCUUGCAUCCACUCUGCUGGAGGCGGGCGAGGUUGUGGACUGGGCUCUGGCUCUCGUCAUCGGUCAUCUCUAUGCGACCGUCAGUGCUGACGAGCUGGCGAAAUGGACAAGCAUGGUCCGCGACGUCGAGCUCACGGCGCGACUGACGCGCCACUACAGCAUGCCCCAGCGCUCGACUAGCGACAUGGAAUAG